AUGGAUAAUCUUGUUGCGACAAUUAAGAAAUUACGCAUACAGAUCCAGAAAAACGAGGAUUACAUUACUUACCUGGAGAAAGAGAUAACUACAAGGGAUGAUGAGAUAGAUAUUCUCCGAAUACAGGUAAACGAUCUCAAAAUAAGACUCCGGAAAGCAGAGGCGGACGCUCUGUCCAAUGAUAAAAAUAUAUCUGCUCUCGAACUCCAGUUACAAGAUAUGAGCAGUGAAAUAUCUUCCCUUCAACAUAGAAUAUAUAAACUUCGAGAAGGGAUGUCACUAACCACCCCAAGUACGUCAACUAAUGUCUUUACAUUGAUAGAUGAAACAAAAACUAAUAUUAGGGUCUUAUUUGAUUCCGUUAGAGAAGGGCUGGCUCCAGAAUAUGAGACAGAAAUAGGGCGUCUCCAAACAACUAUAAACGAGCAGAGAGACCGGAUAGAUGAACUGGGGAAUGAAGCUCAAAAUUGGUAUCAAAGGGCCAAUCAGUUACAGGGUCGCUAUGAUACGGUUCUAGAUGAAAGAGAUCGGUACAGAACAGAAUGUUUUCGGCACGAAGAAACUCUUAGAGGGAUCCAUGAAAAUAUAGCCCAUGAAGGUGCGGAUCAAUUAGAUUUGGAAGAUGAGAAUGCCAUUUUAAAAGAGGAGAUGCGUAUAGCUGGUUUAAUGAUUAUUGCCCUACGA